AUGUCUCCAGUGCAAUUAGAUGAAAAGUCUCUUAGAACUAAGUCGCCAAGAAGUGAUUCUCCAGUCCACGGGCAAUCUACGGUAGUGAAAAAUAUCCCGUUUGGCCAUUACGUUUUUGAAAGAUUAUUAAACUCUGGUGCCAAGAGUAUCUUUGGUGUUCCAGGUGAUUUCAACUUGCCAUUGUUGGAAUAUUUGUACGAUGAGGACUUAGUGGCUAACGGUUUGCAAUGGAUAGGUACAUGUAACGAAUUGAACGGUGCAUAUGCCGCAGAUGGUUAUUCCCGCUACACUAAUAAGCUAGGGUGUGUUAUCACAACGUAUGGUGUUGGUGAAUUAUCUGCUUUGAACGGUGUAGCAGGGGCUUUUGCCGAAGAUGUGAAAGUAUUGCACAUCAUUGGUGUCAGCCCAUCAAGAUUCAGAGAAAAUGAACAAUUCCGUUCCCAUAACGUUCAUCAUUUGGUCCCAGCCAUAGACAGCCAACAACCACCAAAUCACCAAGUUUAUUUCGAUAUGGUGAAAGAUAGAGUAUGCUGCUCGAGCGCUUUUCUAGACGAUAUUAACACUGCCGCAGAUAGACUUGAUCAAGUGAUUGUAGACAUUUGCAAGAACAGUAAACCAGGAUAUGUGUUUAUUCCAGUUGAUUUCGCUGACAAGUUAGUCUCUAACAAAAAUUUGAUUCAGAAUCCAAUAAUCGAUAUGGAUACGGUCAUUGAAUCUUAUAAGGAUGAGAAUGCCACUAAGAUCGCUGGUGACAGAUUGUUGCAAUGGAUCUAUGAAUCUAAUGCUCCAUCUGUCUUCUCUGAUCUCCUAGUUGAUAGGUUCAAUCUAAGGAAGGAGUUGCGUCAAUUUAUUGAAACGGCAGAUGUUUGGAAUUAUAACACGGCUAUGGGUAAAUCCACUUUGGAUGAACGCAAUCCUAAAUAUUUGGGUCUUUACAAAGGUGCUGAAACAGGCAAAGAAAUGCAAGCAACUGUGGAUUCUAGUGAUUUGAUUUUGCACUUUGGUCCGGCCAAAAAUGAAAUCAACUGUGGGUAUUACUCAUUCCACUUCAACGAGAAUGCCAGAAUUAUCGAAUUGUCAAAUAACAUCAUACAAUUCAUUGAUAUCAAGGAUAAAAAUGCAAGUACUGUCGAAGAAGCUAAUUUUGUAUCGGUGCUUAAAUACGUUAAUGAUAACUUGGAUAAGUCAAAACUAUCAUUCUCUUACCCACCAGUUCCUAAAUCAAACCAUAGCUGUGAAUAUGACAAUAAUGACAGUAUCACUCAAAAGAGUUUGAAGGAAAUUAUUCCAAAUUAUUUCAAUGAUGGUGAUGUUCUCAUCGUUGAAACUGGCUCUUUCCAAUUUGGUGUACCAAACAUGCAAUUUGCUAGAGAAAUGAAAUAUAUUACCCAAAGCUUUUAUCUCUCAAUUGGAAUGGCUUUACCAGCGGCCUUGGGUGUUGGCUGUGGUAUGAGAGACUAUCCAAGAUCCCAUAUUGUAGAUCAAGCACUUGUUCCUAAAGAUUACAUUCCUAGACUAAUCUUAUGUGAAGGAGAUGGUGCUGCCCAAAUGACUAUCCAAGAAUUUGCAUCAUACAUUCGUUAUAAGAUCCCAAUGGAAAUACUUGUAUGGAACAAUAACGGUUAUACUGUUGAGAGAGCUAUAAAUGGCCCUACUAGGAGUUACAAUGACAUUGCUCCUUUCAAAUGGACAGCAUUAUUGAACGUCUUUGGCGACUUCGAAAAUAAAUUCAACGAGUCUGUUACCGUCGAGAAAAACGAUGAGUUAGUUCAACUUCUCAAUAAAUGGAAAUCUUGUAAGGAAAGGGCAAACAUCAAAUUAGCUGAAGUUAUGCUUCCAGUAAUGGAUAUACCACAAGAAUUGAAUGCAAUGCUAGUCAAUGGAAAACCAAAUUGA